AUGUAUACCGACACCAAUGACUCAAUGGCUUGUAACGCCCCUAUCGCCGUCAACGGUAAAUUGGGUCGAGCUCACUUUGCGCGCAUAUCUAUCGAUAUAGAGGGCAGUCUUCACUUGCAGUGCUCUCAGUCGAUUGCCAACACAUUCCAAGGGUCCCUAUCUGUACAGUUAGCAGAUACCUUUUUGAAAGCAAUCGCGAUGUCAGAAGAGGUUGGUUCGCCAAUAACUCAAGCACCACCUCACCAAACCACGCCGAAAAUGAGAAAAGCUUCUCCCUCACCACGAACAAUCCACACUACCUGCAAGACGGGAUUAGAUGAUAAAGAGGGCACACGAGAUUCCCCAUCAGCUAGUCUAUCUCCGUCAACAGUAAGGGCAGCCCACAUAGAGCCUUCGCCUCGUUGGGACACACAGAGCUUGGAAUGCACAAAAAGAAAUGUUUGGAGCAAGGACAACAGAAUGUGGAGGCCGGAAGUCGCGAUGUCUAUCAAAGACCGCGCUUUGCUACGGAAUUACUACACAAAGGCAUUUCACAACCUGCAGCAGACGAAUUGCCGGGCACUUGCAAAAGCUUAUAUUAAGCUGGUGGAGCCUCGCAAGCAGGUAUGCUUUCCAUACAACGGGCGGGUCGUUGUCGGAGGGGCCAUUCGGCAGCUUGACCCGGACGCCGCUAAGCCGCCGUGGUGGCCUCCUAGAGUGAGGCACCGAGAGCCUGAUCAUCUUCUUAAAGGGGAGCGCAUCAGGCUUCUAGUUCAUAUUUUGUGUGAGCUAUGUACUAGCCACGGUAUUACCACCAAAAGGCUAAGGGAGGCCGACCAGCCAAUUCGCCGGUAUAUAGUCCCGGAAGAGCGAGUAUGCAUCUUGGAUGAGGUCUAUCGGGUUCGCCAAGAAGAGGUGGAAUCACUAGAGGGGAAGAGAGAUGGACAACAUCAGGUGUGGAUUUGUCGCAUGAACCUACCUGAAGCAGUAGGGACCAAAUCCAACAAUAAUGAACAUAACGGCCACGACAUCCCUAUCUCGAACAACCCAUCUGCAUGUGACAAGUCAGGCUCUAUCAACAAUGCUCCACCGGCACUAUUUGCACCCGUAGUAAAUCUUCCGGCUCAUUCCCCUCCAAACGAUACCUAUGACGUGCAGAGUCACUUCCUUGGAAAAUACGCAAGCCCAGAUCCCAAGACCAUAUGUGGUUUUGGCACGACUAUGCCAAUAUCAAUGUCGCCGCAAGGUUUGAAGAGGAAACGUGAAAUUGAAGAGAUAGCUCAAGUCGACGCAACCAGGCAUACCAUGUUCACACACGAUUUCUCUCCUGCGGUUACUACUGAUCUCCAACCAUAUCCAGUAGAAGCUCACGGCGGACCUUGGAGCUCCCUGCAGCAAGGGUUCGUCCCGGCUGGGCCCUAUACAGCAAAAGAUUUGGCUCAGCCUAAUGAGGCUCGCGAUAUCUCUUACCAUUUUGGCUAUUUAUGA